AUGCAGUCUACUCAGGAGUCAUCCCAGGGCCCUCACCCUUACCAGUCUCUCGAUAUCGACGAACGCGUGGAAAGGGUUUUGAAAAGUACGCCCCUCUUUGACGGCCACAAUGACUUGCCACAACAACCACGUUGUAUAUUCAAAGGCAAAGUUCAUGACAAUCCCAAAUUCGAUUUGAGGAAAGGAUUCGAGCGUGGAAUGACAGACAUUCCCCGUCUCCGUGAAGGAGCUGUGGGUGCGCAAUUUUGGAGUAUCUGCGUCCCCUGCUUACGAUCCGCCGAAAACUUCUCUACGCCAGAAUACAGUGAUAUGGCACGUGAUGCGAUUGAACAGAUUGAAAUGACACGCCGCAUGCUUGAGGAGUGUCAGGAUACCUUUCAACUUGUAUUAGAGCCGGGAGAUGUGAGACGGAUUUAUGAUACCGCUAUUUUCGAUACUCCGCGUAAUGUGCCUGAUGAUGUACUUCACCUCGUCGCUGCCAACAAUGGAAUAGUCAUGGUCACGUUCGUCCCGGAGCAUUGUGCGACCAAACGCAAAGAUGCGACGAUGGAAAUGGUUCUCGACCAUUUGUUUCAUAUCGCUAACCUAAUAGGUUGGCAGUAUGUAGGUCUUGGUUCUGACUUCGAUGGGAUCGCCUCGGUUAUUCCACGACUGGAAGAUGUAAAAUGCUACCCGGGACUGAUGAAAGCAAUUCUAGAUCGGGGGGCGACGGAAGAAGAGCUAGCCCUAUGUAUUGGGGAUAACCUUAUUAGAGUUUGGACAGAAGUUGCGGCUAAACGCGAUGAAAUGAAGGCUACUGGGGUAAAGCCAGUCGAAGAUGUUUGGGAGGGUCGCCAAUGGUGGAGAUAUGAUGGCUAUUAUCAAAUUCCCGAUCCAGAUCCAGAAGAUAAACUAGGAUACGACUGGUAUGGAGUGCCAAGAGUAGAAAAGAACUAG